CAACAAGUGGUACAGCCGCGUCCCAAAUUAAUUAUGCUUUGCUUUUUAAUCCAUCCCUACCCCCUCUUUUGUAUAAAUGUAAUUCACACAUGAUCCAUAUACAAAUUUAAAACUAUAUACAAAACCAUAGUAUUGAAGAGAAAGCGGAAGAGAUUAAUGCCUGAAAUUCGUUCAACGAGUCCCGAAUCAGUUGAAUGCUCCAAUUCUUCGGGGCCGAAUUUUCCAUCCCCACUGAACGGUGUUAUAAUCUUUGUGGUAACAACAUUUGGAGGGUACCUCCAAGUUCAAUUCGGGUCAAAGAACACAUCUCCAUUCGAUGAACACUACAUAAUUAUGUGGGCAGUUUCUGUGGCCUUAUCACUUUAUGCAAUGAUGUUAAUUGCUGAGUUCACAGUGGAGCUUCACAAACACAGUUUCCUUUCGAUCAUCAAACGGUUCACUGUGCUAAUGGGAGCCCUUGUCGCUGUUCUGCUCACUAUAAUCAUUCUUCCCCUGUUUGGAUAUUUCAAGUUGCUUCUUUGGACCAUUUGUUUCGUGAAGGCAACAUUUGUGAGCUUCGAAGAAAUUUGUAAUUGUUUUUGGAAAGGAUUGUGUCAAACCAUUGACAUGGUAAGCAGUUACUUUGGCAGGGAACAUGCUAGUUUGCCAGUAUAAUGUAUAAUUAGUACUCGAAGCAACAUGAGUUAACUGCUGACAAUUAAUUAAGGAGUGUACGUUUUCUUCCUUCUUUUUUUACAUUUUCUUUCCUUUCUUAUUCAUAAUCUGGAAAUGAAUUGAUAAAGAAUAGACUUAUUUGCUUUACUUUGUGA